ACCACUUAUGAAGAUUGUAUAUAUAAGAACUCAUUGUAAUCACUGAGUGAUUUAUUCGUUCACUGCUUUCAGCGGAAAUAGCUAUGUUCCGAAAAUUUGCUGUUAUUUUUUUAGUUGGGUGUUGUGCAACUCAGUUUGCCUCUUCAAAGAAAACAGCACCCCUAGAUCCGUUAAUUGAUGUAGCUAAGGAAGCACUCCAAUUCGUAGCCAAGUUUAUCGAUUUUGCCUUUGAAGAAUCCGAAGCCACUUUGCAGACCAUUAUUGGAAAGUUGGACUAUCUCAGAGAAACUGCUUUAGCGAUUGCUGCAAGACAAGUUCAACGAGAAUCCGAUCUCCUCUACAAGCUAAUCGAAGCAGUGAAAAACCGAUCAAGCAACGCCAAUAUCGAUAUCCUGAACUGUCUGGAAACAGUUGAAGUUGAAGCUGGAAAUAUCCAGGAAAGAGCCGUUAAUUCAUCCAUGUCUUGCAUAGACGCUUCAAUUGCAGUAACUGGCGAAAAUGUUUUAAUAAUUUUAGAAGAAUUACGACAAAUCAAUGUGAAUUUUACGGAACAUGAAGCCAAAGUGGAUAGCUGCAAAGGAAAAUUGUUUCCUUUCGAAUGCAUCAAAAGCGUUGUAAUAGAUUUGGAACAAAUUGCUCUAUCGAUUCCUGCCAAAAUAAAAACGGACUCUAAUAGAGCUGUAAUGGACUUUUUAGCCUUGGGGUUCGAAAUAUUUCAAUGUGGCCGCGAUGCAACUGAAGCCAUGGAGGAACAGAAUGUACAGAUUUUCAAUGACUUCUCCACUUGCGUACAAAACAAGAACGAACCAGUAACAUCGUCUACAGCAAGUACGGUUUAAGAUUUCUUAUUAGAGAAUUAUACAGUUUGUUUGGUAAAUAUAAAUGUCAGUUUUAAACUUA